AUGUCGGGCGUGCAAGUCGUCGCUGGAGGCAACCCGCGCAAGGGCGCGAUGGAUGUGGAUGAGCGGGACCAGUGCAUCCGCGACAUUGUGAGCUGGUUCCAGCGCAAGGCGGAUCUCGAGCCUGCAGUGGAGAAGAACGCUGAUAUUGAGGCGCUGGAGAAAACAUUGGGCAUGGAGAUUCCGGAGGAGCUACGCAGCCUGCUGACAACCCAGAGCGGUGGGAUCUGGUUCGACGACUACAAGUCACUCUCGGCCGAUGAUAUCAUCAACAAAGCGGAAUCGCUGGGGUCUAUCAAGGGUUGGGAGUCUUUGUUCAUUCCGUUUGCAGCAAAUGUUGACGGUGGCGCGCUCAUCACCGAUACAAGCGCCAGGAACGCUGUCUUUGAGUUCAACGAAGACGGCAAAGGUGAUCGGCCUCUUGCGCCAACGUUGCUCGAGUAUCUCGAGAAGUACAGGAACCGGCUUUUGUCCGGUAAGUUCGAUUUCGUCGAGGACGUCGGACUGGUCGAACGCUCGCGAAAGUAG